UCUGAAUUUGGACUAGCCACAUUGUAGGUACUCAACAGCCACAUGUGGACAACUGGCUACUACACGGGAUGAUACAGUUCUAGAAGAAGCACCUAUGACUUUGGAAGUCAUCAGCCUGAUUAUUAUUUACAGAAAAUAAAGUACAUUUUUUGAGGUUAUACAAUCAAUUAGUAGAAAAGGCAAUAUCAGAACCCAAUGAUUUUCCCCUUCUUGACUUUUACUUGUGAAGCCCAUUAGCAGCAAAGAUGGCCUGGAACCCCCUGCUCCUUGUGGCUGCCCUGGGGCCCUUUUCUGCAAGGCACUGCCCUCUGCUUGUUUCUCCUUUAAGCUAAAAGCUUCACUGGAAAUAAAUCUGGCUGCAAACCAAGACAAGAAAGACAGAAGUUUUCUUUGUAUUUCCAAAGAGAUAAUUUUUUAUGACUUGUCACCCUUGUCCCCAGAAACGCAUGGUUUCAAACCACUGAAAACUGAUUCCUUUUAGACAAUGGUUCUUAACAGAAGUGUCCAUAAGAAUCAUUUACUGAGCUUUUACAAAGGUCACACGACUGGUUCCCUACACCACAAUGCUGGUUGAUAGGUGUGUGUGUGCAUGGAGGGGAGGGUGGCUCUUGCAGAUUGUAAUGGUUCCAAGUAAUUCUGAUACAGACAUCCAAUCACAAGGACCUUGUCAAGUGCCAGGUGGCUUCUGAAGUCCAUUCCCAGAUCCUCAGGCAAUGUAAACACGCACCCAGUUGGGAGCCUUAGUCAGUAACCCAUUCUUAAGGAAAGAAAUAGGAGAAAUUGAUCCCGUGAGCACCUCCCAGGGCGGGGCUACCUGGUUUACUUCUGGCUCUUUCCUUUGCACCUAACGAUAUUCUUCAGUUUUAUUUCCUGAUCUCACAGCCUCACCAGUGCUGUCACAGUCAGUGACACAGGCAGUAAUGCAGCAGAUGAGAUUUGCUCUUGUGGCCUUGGCUGUCUGUGUGGCUCUUCAGAUCUCGGAAGCCAUACUUCCCAUCGCUUCCAGCUGUUGCACUGAGGUUUCACAUCGUAUUUCCAGAAGGCUUCUAGAAAGAGUGACUGUGUGUCGCAUCCAAAGGGCCGAUGGGGACUGUGACUUGGCUGCUGUCAUCCUCCAUGUCAAACGCAGAAGAAUCUGUAUCAGCCCACACAAUCAUACUGUUAAUCAGUGGAUGAAAGCACAAGCAGCCAAGAAAAAUAGCAAAGGCAACAUUUGCCAUAAGAAACACCACAGCAAGAAGAAAAAGGGAUCAAAUCGGGAAAAAUAUGAAACAUACGGCCAUAAAACUCCUCAGUAGAGUUUACUAAUGAAUUUACAAAGACUCCUUAAGUGAACUUGGCCAUGGAUGGUUAUAAAUUUUCCUUAUUAGCAGUC